AAACAGCGCCCUCCAUUGGUGAACUUUUAUAUGACGUGUCGUGCAGCAGAAAAGGGGCUGAAUCAUGGCUGAUCCGAAUCAGAAUCCUCCGCCUUUAUUGCUUUUUCCUGCCAGUGAUAGCUUGGCACCGGACGCUUUUAGACCGGUUCCAGCAACUGCAUCACUCUUUCCAACUGAAGAUGGUGAAGCUGACAGUUUUCUUGGCCAGACAGCCGAGCCCUCUGUUGGCCAAACCACCCAGCCACAAAUUCCCUUCUUCACAACUGCAUCGUCCGCCAGUGCCUCGGACCCUUUUGCCAACAUCAGCCAACCAGCAUCCCUCCCCACUCAAGCCCAACAAAGUACCACGUUGACGACAAAUCCAACCCAGCCUCCGCUAUAUGCCCCUUCAUCCUCCUGUCACCAGCCUGUCAGUUUCUCAAGUCCGGCACCCCCACAACCCUCUCAGCAGUACUCCAGCGGUCCACCCAUUGGCACCCCUAGUAAUCGACAAGGACCCCCCAUGUCUGCGCCCCAUGAUCCCAAUGCACCCCCACCCACAGGCCCACCACAGGGGCGAACUGGGGGCUUUGGAGGGGUAAAGCUUGGACAGGGAUACAAGCCGGUACUCCACCCUAUGGGUGGGGUGGGAUCGACACCUACAAGUACACCUCCGAUGGGGACUCUCCCUCUGGGCGGACCCCCUAUGGGGGCCCCACCCACUGGAGCCCCACCCACUGGACCCCCUGGUCUCCCAAUGUUUGAUUCCUCAAGGCCCCCACCUACUUCUGCCGAUCUUCACCAUGCCCAGUCCACGGGUCCCCAGUCAGGCGCCUCUCCAGGCCCCGGGGGUACCCCAUACCACCCUGUCCAGCCACAUUGGUUCUACUGUAAGGAGUUUGAUAGGGGUGAAGUGUGGAACCCCUUUAGUAUCAUGGAUUCAAUCAGACUGGAUGAGGCACUUCAUGCUUCUUAUAACAACCUCAAUGAGGACAUCAUCAUCUCCACCAAUGGAGGGCGCUAUGACGUGAACAUCCAGCAGCGACAACGACACGCAGUCUACUGGGAUGAGAGGCCCUCAAGUGUCCGUCGAUGCACGUGGUUUUACAAGAGCGACGGCGAGAACCGAUUCCUGCCAUACGAGGAAGCCUUGGCCGAUAAACUAGAGCAAGAGUACGAGACUGCCGUUCUCAACAACGUUUGGCACAAGAGGCUUGAGUUUGCGGAUGGCGAGACCAUUGUCAUGCACAACCCCAACGUCAUCGUCCAUUUCCGACCCCCGUCUAGGGCAGAUGAUUUUGGCACCUCCCCCGAUGGUCAGAUGAGACCCAGGGUUGUCAAACGUGGAGUGGAUGAUGUGGAAAAUAUUGAUCAAGGAGAACCGAACCAAAUUGAUCAUUUGGUCUUCAUAGCCCAUGGCAUUGGGCCUGUCUGUGACCUACGGUUCAGAGGGAUCGUUGAGUGUGUGGAUGACUUUCGUUCUGUCUCGCUGGGCUUGAUGCGUUCACAUUUCAAGCACUCACAAGAAGAUGGCAGGACUGGACGGAUCGAGUUCCUACCCGUCUACUGGUAUGAUGCCUUGCAUGGAGACGCGACAGGUGUUGACAGACGUUUGAGACGCAUCACCUUGCCAAGCAUCAGCCGUCUUCGCCGGUUCACCAACGACACCCUCCUGGAUAUCCUCUUCUACUCCAGUCCCUCCUACUCCCAGAAGAUCGCUGAGCACGUCUGCUCGGAGAUCAACCGCCUCUACCAGCUGUUCCAAGACAGAAACCCUGACUUCCGGGGACAAGCUUCUAUUGUUGGACACAGUCUAGGUUCUCUGAUCGUCUUUGACCUCCUGUCCCACCAGGGAGAUGGCCAACCAAACUUACAAACAACCGACUCCCACACGGACACACCCGUCACUCCGGACCAAUCCCUCGCCCUGCCCGGCGAUGAACUCACUGAGAAUGUAGCCAAUGAGGAAGCCGAGGAAGAGGUCAUGACCCUAGACAGUGCCCUCGCUCAGCUGGGACUGAUCGACUUCCUGCCCAAGUUUCAGGAGGAGCGGAUUGAUAUAGAGACUCUGCUCAUGUGUAGUGACUCUGACUUGAAGGAGAUGGGUCUCCCUCUCGGACCCAGGAAGAAACUAGGUGGCUUCUUGAAGGAGCAAGCAACCAAAGAGGAGAGGAACAGGAAAGCUCGCGAGGCCAGGAUGAAGGCUGAAGCAGAGAAACAAGCCAGAGAAGUCUUGGAGCGUGAGAGGCAGGAAGCCUCAUCAGCAUCACAGUUCAACGAUGUGUCUGCACACUCUGUACACAUUGACUUUGAACCUGGAUCAGAAGGUGUCGGCCAACCGCUUGUCAGAUACUCUCAGCUAGACUUCAAGCCCCAGGCUUUCUUUGCCAUCGGGUCGCCCAUCGGCAUGUUCCUGACUGUCCGAGGGGUCAGUAGGGUCGGGGAAGAAUACAAACUACCAACCUGUGACGGCUUCUUCAAUAUGUUCCAUCCUUUUGACCCAGUUGCUUAUAGGAUGGAACCGCUGGUUCAUUCUGACAUGGCUGAUGUGAAGCCAUUCCUGAUGCCACACCACAAAGGUCGCAAACGCUUCCAUCUAGAAUUGAGGGAGAGCCUCUCGGCCUUUGGCUCAGACCUCAAGCGCAACCUGAUCGACUCCAUGAAGAAAACCUGGAAGUCCAUCCACGAGUUUGCCUUGGCUCAUCGGAGCGGUGCGGAGGCUGCGGUCCCUGCUGUCUCAUCGGAGGAGAUGGAGGCGGUGGCCGAGAAGCUAAGCAUGGAGGAGAUGGCGAGACAAGAGCAGGAACGAGAAGGGUUGUCAUCAAGGGAACCAGGUCCAUCCACAGAAUGUGAGCUGAGAUUGGGUCAGCUGAACAAUGGACGUCGGAUAGACUACGUCCUCCAAGAGGCACCACUGGAGAGCUUCAAUGAGUAUCUCUUUGCACUGGGAAGCCACACUUGCUACUGGGAUUCUGAGGACACAGUACUACUGAUCUUGAAGGAGGUGUAUGCAUCAUUGGGCGUGUUUCCUCUUGUUCAUGGUCCCAAGCAAGACUCCACUCCAGCCACGCCCUUACAUCACUAGCACAUCAACGACAUCUCAUCGUUACUUUAAAUUUUUAAAGGAAUAUGAGCAGCUUUGACAUAUUGUAGUAAACUGCUGCUAG